GACAGCUAUGCGCAUUUGAUACAAUGAUACAACGUGUAUCGUGUUGACUUUCAAUGAACAAAUUCUAAUAUAUUUCGUUUUUCUUUCCACAAAAUAAAUCGAUUUAUAAGUUAGUUGUUCGAUUGCACGCAUUGUGAGAACUUGUUGCAACCAUUGUGAUUUUAUUUUUGAGUUUUUAUCUUUUUCUUUUAUCGAAAUUUUUAAAUUAUGCGACUACCUUUUUUAAUUCAUCGACGCGAGUGAUUUUUGUUUGAAGAUUUCUUUUUAUUACGUCAUAAACUAUAAUGUGAAUUCAGUGGAACAGACCAGCCAGUGGCUCUAUUGUGAAAUAAUUCUUGAAUGAGUUUCCGCAAAAAAAUCGCUAAACAUACGUUAUCUUCGUCAUCUUCAUGCAUCGAACGUUUUGUCAUUACACUUGUUUACGCAACAAAUCGCGAGUAAAGUCCAAGCACGACGGCAAUAUCGAAUGUUGAGCAUCGCAUUACUUUGCGCAUUACCAGAAAAUGAAACAAGCAACAAACAGUUCACACGUUGAUUUAAAACGUUGAUCGUUGUUUAUCGAGCAGAAGCGCGGCGCUAAGAUGACGUGUUUGUGAAGCAAAAUGACCGAGCGAUUAAAAAAAAAGUCGGAGACUAUUUUGAACAGUGAUGGAGCCAUUUUUUUUGUGUUUACAACGUUGUUGAUAUUAGUGCUUGCGUCAAAUGGAGAUUCCACUUAUUACUCAUUGGCUGAUUCUGCCUUCCGUGUACGUAUCCAUCGAUUGUUGUACCGUCCAUUUUUGGUCUAAACAUCCAAAUCGGUGUGUUUUUGGCAUUUUUAUUAUUCCAGAUUGAAAAUUUGAAGAGCUAAAGACCGAUUCAUGUAUUCACUCAUUUUGAUUUGAUAUUCUAAUUACGUUGUCUCAAUGGUUUUAUCGCAAGAUCCCACGCAGCUACGGAAGUGGUUUUAUCACAUUCAAUGUGGAACUAUAUUGAGAAUAGAAUCGGUUUUCAAGUCAAUCUGCGGAAGAAUAAACAACUCUUCAAAUUGGUGACCAUAAAAGUAUUAUCCAAAUGGAAAGUUUUCGUAACCAAAUAACGAACAAGUCGGUUCUCAGGCCAGGUGACAUUGACUUACCCAAAUAUAAUUACAUCACAUGAACCACUUCUCGGAGGCUUUUGUAUCGAGUGUUAACAGCAGAAGAAAAAAAAAACUGUACACAAAAUCAGUGGAAGGUGCAUCAGUGAAGUCUGAAAAGUCACACGUGUCGGUGUGUUUUGUAAUAAUUUUCUGAGUGGAAAUUCGCGCUGAACAUUAAAAAAAAAUUCGGUCACAACUUAUGUCAAAAUCUUGAAGAGGACGCACAUCGUUGAGUACACAACAAUUAUCGAAAUCAUCGAUAAAUAAAAGAGAUAAAGCGAUCAGAGUUGAGUAGAGGCGAGCAAGAGACAGAGAAAUAAAAAAAUUAGUCAAAAAUGCUGAAGUCAGUGAAAAAUAAGCGACGACUAUGGCUUGGUAUUCGUUCGGCUCGGGCUCAUACGGAUAAAGUAAACAUCAUGUUUUUUCAUGGUAAAACUUUUGACGAGCACACCUCAUAUCCAAUGCAUGAAUCUCAUAAUAUAAUAACGGACCCAAAAUUUGAUCACAAUAAAAAGACCGUUUUGUAUAUUCAUGGUUAUGUUGAGGCACCAUCACACCAAAGCAUACAUGUGAUAGUCGAUGCGUACUUAACACGUGAUGAUUACAAUUGUCUAGUGUUGGACUGGUCAGAGUUGGCCGAUGGCAACUUUUUCGUUGAUGCAGUGCCAAAUAUUAAGCAGUUAGGUCCAAAGAUGGCUGAAGUAAUAUUGGAUUGGUUUGAUGAAGGUUUAAAUGUAGACAAUUUUAAUAUCGUGGGUCAUUCGCUUGGAGGACAGAUGUCAGGCGUUAUCGGACGUAGUGUCACGAAAAAGUCACGAGGCGAGACACAAAUAGCUCGUAUAUCAGCGCUUGAUCCAGCAUUCCCAACAUUUUACCCAUCGCUAGGCACACCGGCUGUGAAUAAAAAUGAUGCAAAAUUCGUGGAUAUCAUUCAUACGGACGCAUGGUUAUAUGGCAUACCCAUUGCUACUGGGCACGUCGAUUUCUGGCCAAAUAGUGGAAAAACGCUUCAACCGGGUUGCCCGAGACGUGGAAUGCUUUUGACACUGUCCGAUCAGGAUUUAUGUAGUCAUCGGCGAUCAUGGUGGUUCUGGGCGGAAAGUGUGGCUUCACCCGAGAAAUCCGCUUUCCAUGCCGCCAAUGCAAAGAACUGGGACGAUUUCAAAAAAGGCCGCAUUGACGAAUCCAGCAUUGUAAAUAUGGGCAUUGAUUGUCCGCCAAGCGCACGUGGUGACUACUAUUUACAAACAAAUGGCUUGAUACCAUUUUCAAAGGGUAUCGAUGGACUGCGCUACGAAAAAGCCAAAUACGAUCCAAAUGCCUUGUUUAUGGGACAAAAAACGAUUCGAACCAAAUGAUAGCCUUUUAACGAAAUGCAACAAGACCGUCUCUUUUGCUGCUGAUAACUUCAUAUCAUCGUACGCAUGGGAAUGAUAUUAACUUUUCACAAACGUAAUGAACGGCAAUUGGAAUUGAUUGGAAAUGCUUACAUAUUCAUGUACAGAAUGAUUUGAGUUCACUAAUUUAUAUAAUCACAUCGAUCACAAAAAAAACAACAACAAAACAAACAAAUCGUCAUGUUACUCUUUUUAUUGAUUUACAAGUACAUUUUCUCUCUUGUUUUUUUUUUUGAUAGAACAGAAAAAUCAACAACUCUUAGUUCGUUUUAUACACACAAUUUACAUUUGAUCAUAAGUGAUCUGUUACUUUUUUCAUAUUGUUAAUAAAAGUUUAAUACAUAUAUUUAAAAGGAAA